AUCCGACGGCCAGAAACGCAUCGGAGCGCUGAAACCCUAGCCUCCCCACCUCCCAAGUCAUAUACCUGCAGCCUCAGCCUGCUCCUCCUCGUCGCCGCCAUCCUUGCCUUCGCCUGCGCCUUCUUCCGCCGCCGCAUCGCGUCGUCGAAAUGGCCCCGAAGAAGGACAAGGCCCCGCCGCCGUCGUCCAAGCCCGCCAAGUCCGGCGGUGGCAAGCAGAAGAAGAAGAAGUGGAGCAAGGGAAAGCAAAAGGAGAAGGUGAACAACUCGGUGCUGUUCGACCAGGCCACCUACGACAAGCUGCUCUCCGAGGUGCCCAAGUACAAGCAGAUCACCCCCUCCGUCCUCUCCGAGCGCCUCAGGAUUAAUGGGUCCCUGGCUAGGAGGGCUAUGAAGGAUCUGAUGGAUAGGGGGCUUAUCAGGAUGGUGUCGGUUCAUUGCAGCCAACAGAUUUACACCAGGGCAACGAACACAUGAUGUUGUCUUAUCCAUUUUCUAGUCUUAUAGACCUGAUGUUGCCGUUCUGUUAAGUUUAUUCAGUGAUACAUAUGUGGGUGUUCAUUUGCCCCAGUAAUGUUGAAUGUUUUGAGAUUUUUGGCACAUUGUUAAGGUGAUGUUAUCUCGGUAUCUAUCUUGAUUAUUGCCCAAUUAAAUUGCACCUUAUACGGUGCUACUGCUGUGUCA